GGAAGUGGCUGUGGGGAAAGAUGCAUGCUGGCCGAUUCUGCGAGGCUUUGGAAGUUAGCGACUGGAGGGGUCCCGCCCGGCUUCGGCGUCCGUCGCGUGUCCUUGCGCGCUUCCCGGUCCGCGCUGUGCCGCCUCCCGCCCUCGGGCAGCGUACGGAAUUCUCGAAGUACCCUGGAGGUCCUCGGAAGACUUAAGAAGAUUCAGAAGGUAGAGGAAAGGGGCCUUUUAAGCUUCUCUGGCCCUAAAUGGCUGCAGAAUCAAGAAAGCCUUCUUCGGCCCCAUCUUCGCCAGACCAGACUCCUGAAGAGGACCUUGUAAUUGUCAAGAUAGAGGAGGAUCAUGGUUGGGAUGAGGAAUCUAGCGUGCAUGAAAAUAAUACUUCUGGCCAAGAACUGUUCCGCCUGCGUUUCAGGCAGCUAUGCUACCAGGAGACACUAGGACCCCGGGAAGCUCUGAUCCAGCUACGAGCACUUUGCCAUCAGUGGCUGCGGCCAGACUUGAACAGCAAGGAGCAAAUUCUGGAGCUGCUGGUGCUCGAGCAGUUCCUGACCAUCCUGCCAGGGGAGCUGCAGACUCUGGUAAAGGAACACCAGUUAGAAAAUGGAGAGGAGGUAGUGACCCUGUUGGAGGACUUGCAAAGGCAGAUUAAUAUCCUAGGACGACCAGUCUCAGCUCGUACACAUGGGCACAGAGUUCUCUGGGAGGAAGUCGUACCUUCAGAAUCUGCACCAGAACUUCCAAGUACUCAGUUUCGACCCAUGACAACCAAACAUAAAUCUCCAGUGCCCCAGAAGACACAGGACAGAGGAGAGAGGCCAGAUUUCACUUCUAAGGCCAUGUCCGCUUCUCAGAGUCCUACUCCUUCCCAGAAAAGAAGUUCUGGAGAUCAGGAGGUGACAGCUAGACUUCUCACUGCAGGGUUCCAGGGUCUUCUUUUGUUUCAGACUUUGGAAAAGAUUGAAGACAUGGCUGUGUCUCUUAUUCGAGAAGAGUGGCUUCUGGACCCAUCACAGAAGGCUCUGAAUAGAGAUGACAGGCCCGAGAAAUACAGAAACAUGUUCUCCCUGGAUGGUGAGACCAGGAGUGAGAACAAGGAAUUCUUUUCAAAACAGGUAAUAUCAACUGGAAUCCAGCCACAUGGACAAACAGCUGCCAAGUGCAACGGGGAUGUUACCGUGGGCCUUGCGCACGGAGAAACCCAAGACAGAUUAGAGAGGCAGCAGGGAAAUCCCACACAAGAGAGACGGCAUAAAUGUGAUGAAUGUGGGAAAAGCUUUGCUCAGAACUCAGGCCUUGUUCGACACUGGAGAAUACACACUGGAGAGAAACCCUAUCAAUGUAAUGUGUGUAGUAAAGCCUUCAGUUAUAGGUCAGCCCUUCUUUCCCAUCAGGAUAUCCACAACAAAGUGAAGCGCUAUCACUGUAAAGAAUGUGGUAAGGCCUUCAGUCAGAACACAGGCCUGAUCCUGCACCAGAGAAUCCACACUGGGGAGAAGCCCUAUCAGUGUAACCAGUGUGGUAAGGCCUUUAGUCAGAGCGCAGGCCUUAUUUUGCACCAGAGAAUCCACAGUGGGGAGAGACCAUAUGAAUGUAAUGAAUGUGGAAAAGCUUUCAGUCACAGUUCACACCUCAUUGGACAUCAGAGAAUCCACACUGGGGAGAAACCCUAUGAGUGUGAUGAGUGUGGGAAAACAUUCAGACGCAGCUCCCAUCUUAUUGGCCAUCAAAGAAGCCACACUGGGGAGAAACCCUACAAAUGCAAUGAGUGUGGGAGGGCCUUCAGUCAGAAAUCGGGCCUGAUUGAACAUCAGAGAAUCCAUACUGGAGAAAGACCCUACAAGUGUAAAGAAUGUGGGAAAGCUUUCAAUGGGAACACUGGUCUCAUUCAGCAUCUGAGAAUACAUACAGGGGAGAAGCCCUAUCAAUGCAGUGAGUGUGGGAAAGCGUUUAUUCAGAGAUCGAGCCUCAUUCGACAUCAGAGAAUCCACACUGGAGAAAAGCCUGAAACCACAGGAGUUUAGGAAAAGCUUUGGUUGUCGUCUGAGCAUUAUUCAACAUUAGAGAAACCAUGUAGUAGUGGAGAAGUCUAGUGAAAGGGGCAGAAUCUGUGGUGGUGAUGAUGGUGACAAAGUUAAGAAUAGCACUUCAGUAGUUUGAGCACAGUCCCUGGUAUAGAUUGAUUGGCUUGACUGUCUUUGGAGGCAUCUGUUGAAGCAGAGCCCCGGCAGCUUUAUAUAUUCUUCAGAACUUUAAAAUGACAGCAGGUUGCUUAUUGUUACUUGAAACACUAUACUUUGUCUUUCCCAAGAGUAGCUAUAAGUUUGAGAGGGACCAGUCCUCUAAGCUUCUCUUCUUCCCAUUUCUGUGGUCCCUUUCUGCCUCUGAAGAUGCCCUAGUAAAUCCUAAUCUGAGAAGCCGCUUGAGUCCAAGGCAACCUCAGUGAGACUAAGAUUUGUAUUUAGCUUUCUAAUACCCUAGUUAGAGGGAAAUGGUUGAACAUUUAACGUAUUAUUCUAGUACUCUUAGAUGAUAUAAACCCAUAAUCCUCUCCAAAUUCAAUGCUAUAUUUUUAACAGCACUGUAGCAUUUUUCUUCAUUUAGCACCUUUACUGACUCCAUUGAA